GCGGCGGCGGCGGAUCAUUGUUGUGUGGGAGGAGGGCAGCGGUGAUGGACUUGAUCUCCCGGGUCUCCUGCUGAGGCGGCAGCACAGCGCCCGCCGCCAGCCAGCACCCGGCAGGGCCGCGCCGCACCGCGCCGCGCCGGGCAGCGAGCGACGGCCCCGGCGGCUGGGGUCCGCGUCCCCCUCGCCGCUCCCGUCCUCCCGCACACGGACACGCAGCGCCCUCCUCCUCCUCUGCCCUUUCAUCCUUCCCCCCGGCGUCCUCCCUUGCGGUCUCCCGCGGCGGCAGAUGUGCUUGGGGCCACCGCGCAGCUGGGACUAUGGUGAAAUUUCCAGCGCUCACUAACUACUGGCCCCUCAUCCGCUUCCUGGUCCCUCUGGGCAUCACCAACAUCGCCAUCGACUUCGGGGAGCAGGCCUUGAAUAGGGGCAUCGCUGCUGUUAAGGAAGAUGCUGUGGAAAUGCUGGCCAGCUAUGGACUGGCGUACUCCCUAAUGAAGUUCUUCACCGGUCCGAUGAGUGACUUCAAAAAUGUAGGUCUGGUGUUUGUGAACAGCAAGAGAGACAGGACCAAAGCAGUUUUGUGCAUGGUUGUGGCUGGCGCUGUAGCUGCUGUAUUCCAUACCUUAAUAGCGUAUAGCGAUUUGGGGUAUUACAUAAUUAAUAAGCUACACCAUGUGGAUGAAUCAGUGGGAAGUAAAACUCGGAGGGCCUUCCUUUAUCUUGCUGCCUUCCCUUUUAUGGAUGCCAUGGCAUGGACCCAUGCUGGAAUUCUUCUGAAACAUAAGUACAGUUUCCUGGUUGGAUGUGCCUCCAUCUCUGAUGUCAUAGCUCAGGUCGUUUUUGUAGCCAUUUUGCUUCACAGUCACUUGGAAUGCAGGGAGCCUCUCCUGAUCCCAAUCUUGUCCCUAUACAUGGGAGCACUUGUCCGAUGCACCACAUUAUGCCUGGGAUACUACAGGAACAUACAUGAUGUCAUUCCUGACAGAAGUGGGCCCGAAAUGGGGGGAGAGGCUACAAUCAGGAAGAUGCUGAGCUUCUGGUGGCCUUUGGCGUUAAUUUUGGCAACUCAGCGAAUAAGUAGGCCCAUUGUCAACCUUUUUGUCUCCCGGGACCUAGGUGGCAGUUCUUCAGCCACAGAGGCGGUGGCAAUUCUGACAGCUACCUAUCCUGUGGGACACAUGCCAUAUGGCUGGCUGACAGAAAUUAGAGCAGUAUACCCAGCUUUUGACAAGAAUAACCCCAGCAAUAAACUGGUGAACACCAAUAGCACCGUCACAGCGACACAUAUCAAGAAGUUCACUUUUGUGUGCAUGGCUUUGUCCUUAACGCUCUGCUUUGUGAUGUUUUGGACACCAAAUGUGUCAGAGAAGAUUUUAGUUGACAUAAUUGGAGUAGACUUCGCUUUUGCAGAGCUGUGUGUUGUUCCUUUGCGCAUCUUCUCCUUUUUCCCAGUUCCAGUGACAGUCAGAGCACACCUGACUGGUUGGCUGAUGACUCUAAAGAAGACGUUUGUGCUGGCACCCAGCUCAGUGCUGCGGAUUAUCGUCCUCAUCACCAGUCUCAUUGUUCUGCCUUACUUGGGAGUUCAUGGAGCCACCCUGGGAGUAGGAUCCCUUCUAGCAGGUUUUGUGGGAGAAUCCACUAUGGUUGCAAUAGCGGCCUGUUAUGUCUAUCGAAAACAGAAAAAGAAGCGGAACGAGAAUGAAACAUCUGCAGAAGGUGAAGACUCUGCAAUGACCGACAUGCCUCACACGGAGGAAAUGACAGACAUCGUAGAAAUGAGAGAAGAGAAUGAAUAAGAAAUGGGAUGCAAUUGUUCUCUACAGGGACGAUUGGAGUGACACUUCAGCAUCUUGUCGUCUCUCAUACUUUUUUGUUUGUUUGUUUUUAUUUUUGUAAUAAAGAGGCCUUGAUUUAAAAGGUUUCAGAUAAAUUCUCUAGCAUACUGAGUAUGCUCACACUGAUGAGGGACCUAAAAAGAGGUCUUUGCUUUUUCUUUUUCAAUUGAAUUUGUUUUCUCACUCCAUGCAAACAUAAAAGAUACAAUUGCAUCACUGUAGAGUCUUCCUUACUUAUGCAUCCAUCUUCUCUGGACAAUCUGCAUUUGUCAACCAAAGCCCUGCUGUGUGAGUGUGCCUGUGUGCACACACGAGUGCCACUGGCUCAGUGCUACUGCCAUAAUCCUACUCCCUCCCCUCUUUCCUUUUCCUUCCUUUUCUUUAUGAGAAAUGUUAAGGAAAAGAAGUUUGGAAUACAGAGCUUUAUUUUACUUGCUUGAAAAUGACUUUGCUACAUAAACUAAUAUACUAUGGUGAACUAUAUCUUUUUGUUUGGCCUCAUCACUAAAGCUUAUACUGCACAGGGUACAAGACAGGGAGGAACAUGUAAGUCUCUAUAUGGAGAAAAACAGGUUCCUCUUUGCUGUUAAAAGUGCGUGGAUGUGUAUAUACACACACAGAGACAUACAUGUAUAUAUAUUUAUAUAUAUAUACACAUACGGUAAAUGAAAUACACACAGGACAAGAACUCUGUUUAGUGUUCAUUCCAUCUGAAAGACAAAAAUCUUUUGAAAAAUGUAAGCAUUUCAUUCAGAAUCUUCUUGAAUAGUUAAGCACCACCUCACAUGGUUUUCUUUAGGAAAAAAAAACAUGCACUUUCCUCUUGUGAAGAGGGUGAUAGCAACUGAUAUAAUUUGACUGUAUUUGAAUAAAAAAAAAAUAAAAAUUGACAAGCUUUACCAAAGUUCUUGUCCACUGAUUUAACUUUAAUUUUUAGAGGUUGAUCUGCUCUACCUUUAUUUCUGGUGUCUAUAUAUUGAAAGAAAAAAAUAUAGGUAACUUGUGCAGGAUACCACGCUAUGUCACAUUACUACACACAGUUCCAUGAAAUUGUUAAUUUGGUGGUGUACACAUGCUCACACACAUGUAUAUAUAUAUAAAUAUAUAUAUAUACACACAUAUAUGUAUGUUUUGCUAUGAUAUAUUUACCUAUGCAGUAGAUCAGAAUCAGUAUGGUGAAGCUCAAGUACUGGUAAUUCUCCAAGUCCUCAAUUAGGGACCAUGAUCACUUGUUAGCUUUCAACAGUGUCAUGGAAGUGGAAAGCUGCUCAAACCAGCAAGUUGCACUUUGCAAACAAGGCAGGCACUGUGCAGUUUAAUUGAGCCUUAAACAGUAGAGCGUGGGGUUGGAUGGUCAGUCCAUGUCAAGUGGAAAUGAAGCCCGUGUAAGAGGUUACUGAACCAGAGGUGGUUUGGGUGUCACUGACGAUGGCUGCGGGAGCAGCUUCUGUUGCUGUGCUGUUCUGUGUUUGGCUGCGGGGCAGCGUUCCUGGGUCCAGUUUGUAGUAGGUUGGAUUCUUUCAGUUGUAGCUGUGCCAGAUUCUGGAUACAGUUAUCCUACAUGGUAUAUCUGCAAACCAGUUAAUUUAAACUUUGUUUAGUAAAAAUAUAUUUUUAUAAGUUGUGGAAAUGAUUAUUUAAUUGUGGACAACUUCAGUUUCUAGAUUAUUUGCCAGGUAGUCCCAGCACUCAGAAAAUUGAUCAGAAUUAGCCAUUACUUUAAAUGUUAUAUCGAUAUAUGUGUGUAUAUACAUACACAUGUGUAUAAAUAUAUAUACUGUAUAUGAUGUACAUUUAUUUUAAACUACAAUACAUUUCUUAUUUUUCCAAGUUCAGCUAAAAAUGUCUCUAAAACAUUACCAAGUUGACUAGUAACCAGGUGUAGCUAUAAUGAAAGGCAUUGUAUCAAUGAACUUUACUUUAGACAUUUGUACCAAUUUGUUAUAUGUGCAAAUGCAGCAAGAAAAGACUUAGAAGGGAUUUUGCUGAACGACAGACUUGAAAAAUCAGUUUGUGGUUAAUUAGUGGUGGCAGUAAAGGGCAAGACUAAACCUAGUAGCCACGCAUUUUCUGUGCCACCGCAAGGUUGUUCUCAUUGGUUCUUAUAGGAGAUUUUUUAAAAAGACAAAAAAAAAUAUCCUCAGACAAAUGAACUUUGUACAGUAUGGUGACUGUACACAUAUGCAUUCACUGAAUAUUCUCAAACAGUCAUAUGUAUAUAACAUGUAUAUAGACUGUUACAGAUCACAGUGGCCAGUUAAAGACUUCUCUGUUCCUGUAGUUUUGAUUCCUCAUUGUAUCCAAAUCCACAAUGUGCAGUGUUUCAGGAACGGUGGGGAUAAAACACUAAAUUAUUUGUGUGUAGUAUUUCUUUUGAUACUUGGCUGAAAUACAAAUAGUAGUAUUUCUGGAGAAUUUUGAGCAUUACAGAUGUAGGGCUCAAGGUAAUAACUGCACCAAAAAGUAGGAAUUUGAAAACAAAUUAGGUGAAGCGUUAAGUCUUUUGUUUUAGAUAGAAAACUGAACAAUCAUCAAAAAGAGAAUUAUUGGUCAUAUAGAGCAAAACUAAUGGUAUUGUAAAAGUCAGAAUUUCAGUUCUGUAGUAUUUAAUAUUCCUUUGUUUUGCAAAAUAACGAAUGUGCACAGGAGUGGUAGGAUUUGGGCAAGUAUUCACAAAGUUUUGUAAGGACACAUGCAUAACAUUGAUUCCCAUUUGUUGUCUAUUUUUCACAUUGCUGGGUUAACCAAAUCUGCUGAUAGAUCUGCAACACGUAACCCCAUGUGGGAGCUUGGGUGACCCAGCAGAUGCUCUCUCGCGUUGGCAUGCUCAACCUGAUGGCACGUCCACAAGGAGCUCCAUGUGCCACAGCAGCGCCCAGAGCUCCAUCUGGUGACAUCAUCAAGGGCUUCAGUGUCAAUCUGAACCCUAUUUGAUGGCGCGUCCAACUGGGCUGCCUUUGGAUCAAGGGCGCGUGCCGCCACGUCCAGUUUGGCUGAGCCCCACUGAAUGGGUGCAAUCAUUACCCACCCGAGCGUCUCUGCUGAGCAGGCCCUCGUGAACACGUUGUCUUCUUCCUGCCCAAAGGGACUCUUGAAUUUUGAUGAAAUGCUGUCUCCUUUGUGGUGUUGCUCAUGAAAUCCUAUCCGUGUGAUACAUUUUGAAGUAAUAGAAAUCUGUUAGUUGUCUGUUUUGAGAGAGAGAGAGAGAGCACAGUCAUCUCACUGAGUUCAUGUGAAGUUUUAGCCUUUCAGUACUUUCUUGAGAAUUACUGAAUUAUAUAAAUGAAAUAACAAUAAAAAGAGGAAAAAGUUGAUCUGCAUCCUCCCAUCUUAUAUUCUAGACCACGAAAGAACAUACCACACAGCAGGAAGUAAAAGGGCCACUGGUAGAUAGUAGAUUAAUGUUCCUAGGCUUUUAAUACAUACCUAAGGUUGUGUUAACUUUCUGAGUUUUCCUUUCACAGACCUAACAGCAGUUGGAGAACACCUAUUUUUUAUCUCCCCCACACACUUACCAGGCAGUGGCCCUGGUGAGAUGGGCUCCGUGUGUCCCAUCCCUCUUACACAGCCACGUGGCUGAGAGCAAGAGCUGUGCUGGGCGAGAGGAUGGGUGAGUAACAGAGAAGUCUUUUGUUUCCUACUCACUUUGCUGCUAAAUAUUUCCUUUGAACGGGAGAGAUUUAUAUCUGGCUCUUGGUCGAGUUGUGCCGAAAUGCUGCAGACAGACAGACAGUGGCUGGAGACGGAGGGCGAGCUGCUGAAUGCAGUGUAUUCAGGGCAGGCCGCAGCACACAGACAGGAGCCUUUUGAGGGAGAGAGUUCUUUUUUUGUGGGCUGGCGCCUCGUGCUUCAAGGGAAGGGUGAAAGGACGCCUUGGGGUUCUCGGAACGGCCGCAAGGCGCGGGCAGUGUGGGAUGGUGUGGGAGCAGGAGGGCAGUGGCACACCUCGGCCUCUCACUGGGGGCAUGAGUGGGCCCAUGCCCAUGAGUGGGCAUGGUGUGAUCAGUGGGACGGAAUGCGGCUGGGGAUAGCUGAGCGUCGGUCCAGUAGCCAUUAGUGUAUCAGAAAGCCAUGCAUAGAUUGAUGAAUAUAUAUAUAUAUAUAAGGGUAUGUAUAUAUGUGUGUGUAAGAGUUUUAUGCACGCAUUUUUACUGCUGGCUGUAUACAGUUUGUUGGAACAAAGUAUAAAUAAGAUCUUAAAGAGGGAAUGGGCUGCGUAAAAAAUUGUUUAAAGCUACAUAAACGAAUAAAUAGAACGACCUUUCAUCAGACAGAAUACCAUUAAGAUAAAGUGGGAUUUAGAUGAAAUGGGAGAGAAGUGGGGGACAUGGAAAAGCUGAUGGAUGUGGCAUACCCAGCCCAAAGACAGCAUCAUGGAGUGGAAAUCAAUUAACAGAGAGCAGAAAUGCCUGCCGCCAUUCACCUGUUAACUGCACUGGAGAGGAAGUGAAGGGUGAGAAGUGAUGUGUAAAUGAGGCACAGCUUUGAGUGUUUUGGUUUCUAAGAGUGGAGGAGUCAUCAGAGAAAGGAGCACAAAAACAUCUCAGAAAAGUAUUCAAGCAGAAAUGAACCAAUAUAUGGGUUUUGUGGCGUGCAAAGAGGAGACUUUACAUCGCCUGCUGAUUCCAAGUUACUGGCAGUAACUGGGCAAAUGUCACGAGUUUUAGUUAAACAAAGUUAACAGAGAGCAACAAAGAGUGAAUUACACACCUUUGAUAUCAAACUGGCAUUUCCCAAGUACCAAGUUAGCCAUAUGCACGUGCAGACUGCCAUGUUUGCAGGCCACUGCGAGGGCCAGCUGAAGGGCUGCGUCUCCCCCAGGCAGCACCAGCACCAUGGGCACUUCUUGUCUUCUCUGCAGCAAGCAGCACACCUGGUUGUACUGCGUGCUGAUGCACGGCAUGAAGUGAGGCAUCUACAUUACAUCAGCCACAAGUUCAGGCGCAGCCUGGUCCAGACGUGCAAGAGAGCAGCAGAGCAGGGGGAUGAAGCGGAGUGCUUAGGGAGCUGUGGCUCACGAGUGAUUUUGGGGCAGCUUGUGUGGAUUUGCUUUGAGAUCAGUGCACAGAUCCACUCAUCAACACAGCCAUUGCCAGACUUCUCCUUGGCAUUCUGUGAUUACUAGACAUUGUCACUGCUCUCAUCAACUUGUGGGUUUCACCUCAUUUUUUUCUCUCAUUCCCCGUUCUGCAUCGUCAGACAUUUCCUUAUUUUCUUCUGACUGCUCCCGCUAGGUUUAUUUUGUCUGUUGGAAUUUUGAGAAGGAAAAUGUAGUCUUCAUGCUGAAUGUCAAGUAAAGUAGUCUUUAAAAAGCAGCUUAAAACAAAACUGUUUUUUUGAUGAAUUGCUUUUUGCUUUUCAUUUGCAAAGCUGAAAAGGAGUCAAGAGACAGAAGGAACUGGGGGGUUUCUUUAUUUAAAGUCAAGAAUUCAAAGAAUUAAUUCAAGUUCACUACUUAACUCGAGCCACUUUUCCACCUUCUGGUGAUUUCCUAGCACCAGGCCCCAGCUCUUCCAGCAGAGCUAGCACUGCAGCCCUGCAGCAGCACAAGUUUGUUUGAAGCUCUGGGAAGCACAGGACUUUGCGUAGUUAAAAACUGAAAUACGGCCUGAAGAGUUGGAGAGGCUGAUUCACUGGAAGAAUCUGUUAAGUUUAAAAUUCAGCUGGACUCGUGCAACCUGAUUGGUGUCUAAAGUGGCCCUGCUUUGGGGUUACAUAGAUAACUACCUGCCAUCCCCAUCCAACAUAAGUUGUUCUCUGGUUCACUUAGGAACCUAGAACAGUCCUGUCAUCUUAAGGCACUCGAGACUGUUUGGGUUUUUUUUUAGGGUUUCAGUUCAGGGCUGAGAGAUGGUGCCCACUAGGGCUCAACCAUGCAGAUAUCUAAGCCAAAAUCUGAGCUUCACAGAUUCUUUUGCACACGACAAAACUUUCAUAUUUCAGGGCCAGCUGUAAGCACCCUCCCACCCUGUGGGAGCCCCACAAUGAGGGCAAAGCAAAAAUCAGCCAUUGUAUAUGCAGACAAAAUAUUUGAGAACUGCACUGCACUUUUACAGUUAACUCUCUAAGUACAAAAGCCUGAAACCAGCAAGCAACUGCAUGCAUCACCCUCUUUUCACAUGCAUCAUUCAGCACUGUAAUAAAAGCUAUCCUUUCUGAUAACUGUAAUUGACGUAAUGCAAAUACUUCAAUUUAUGUAAUAAAACAGCUUGGGCAGUCUACAAAUGAGAGCUUAUAAAUACUCUCUUAGGAAAGGAUGUGUUUUAAAAUUGAAGUGACAGCUGUAUCCGUAAUUCCACCAAAACACACAAAAAAUUGGAAAAAAAAAAAGCAUUAGCUUUGAAUGACUAUCCUGCCUAGG